GAAGCUGCAAAUGUACUCCAUAAGCCAAGCCGAGUGCGAAGAAGGGAUACAGAGGGCCAGGGACGAGCUUAGCGCGGAGACUCCGGACGUGGUGGAGAAGGUCGAGAUCAGUACGAUGCACACGCUUGGCGCUGGGCAGGGAAUGUGCAAUGGUGACUCCGGCAGUGGUUUAUGGCUAGAGAAAUCAAGGAAAACGAAGUGCAAGACGGGAGAGAAGUGUGUAAAAGGAAGUUGCGAGAAGUGUGAAAAGUGGGAGAAGUGCGACAAAGAAGUGUGUGAAGGAGUGAAGAGGGUAGUGGUCGGUUUGGUGUCCUGGGGCUUCCCAUGUGCUCGUGGGUACCCGGAUAUGCACGCGAGGGUUAGUGGCUUCAAGGACUUCUUGGUACCUAAUCUGAGAUUGUCAGCGGGCGAAUAUGAGGAAUAAACUGUUAUUUCUCAGACAAUUUUAAGGGUGUCACACAUCGAUCGAUAGUUUCUAGAUUGUAAACCAAAUCUUGGCACCAAAAACAGGCGGCAACUUUGAAAAAUGUAGGGUUCCCCGGCCAAUUGUCUUCAUAAAACGUGUGCCUUCCUAAACCUUGACGUUGGCGGAAUCAUCGACGAGCAUAGCACUUGAAAAUAGAUUGGUAAUGUAGGGGCGAAGGUUUAAUUCGCAUAGAAAAUUUGAAUUUCGCACACAUAUUGUUAUUGUUCGAUCGGUUGAUGUGUACCCUUAGUCCGUUUUCACAUUAUCCGAUCUGAUAUUGGAUGUCGGAAGGAUUUCAAUAGAAAAAAUGGCUCCUGUAAUACGGGAUAUCGGUCCUACAUCCGAUGGCAGAUCGGAUAAUGUGAAAACGCAUUUAUUGUCAUCUGAUGGUGGGGUAUUAGUUUCUUUUGUAUGCC